AAAAUUUGUUCAACAUGAGUUAAAGAAAAUUGUUCAGAUACUAUAUUGAUCAAAGUAUCUAAUAGUAAAAAGAAUAGAAACUCUUUCUUACAAGAGUCAAUAGAUGGAGAUUCAACACUUUGGACAAAUCAAAUUGUAUUAAAGAUUAUGAAUUUAUUAGUCUUGAAAUCAUCCAGACCUAUUAAACCCAUUCUAUUUGGUUUAGCUUGUUUAGCAGUUUAUGGUACAUUAUUUUUAUAUACGUAGAUUGGACUUAUGGAUUUUAUCGUAUUGAUGAACAUCAUUGAUUUAUUAUUAACAUAAAU